AUGCGUCCAUUCUUCUGCCUCUUUGCAAUCCUCGCCAUCCUCCACCCUCUAGCGGCCGCCGCACGUAGUGGAAUGGCCGGUGGAUGGAAGUUGAUUAAGGACAUCAACGACCCACACGUGAAGGAGAUCGCGGAGUUCGCGGUGUCGAAGUACAAUUCUAGAGUUUCAGAGCAUGUGAAAGGCGAGACUCAGGUCGUCGUCGGUGAAAACUACCGGCUCGUCAUCGCCAUCAAAGAUAACUAG